AUGUCUGGCGCUAACAGCACCAGCAGCCGUAUCAAUGAGCGACGUGCCCCUGGAGACCGUCCGCGCCGCCCCCCGGGGCUCGAAAUCGCAAUGCGCAACUUGGCGAACGCCUUCAAAGGCCAGCCAAGCGAACAUAAAGCGACUAAGCUCGAGUCAGAGCUCGUUGGCCGUCGCAACUCUACAUUGUCACCGUUCGUCGAGAAGAGUUUGAGUCUCCACAAAGCGACGAAAGCAUCCUUGACGACACACAACAACGCCACCGUGUACCACGACAACAGCAAGAACAACUCCGUCUUCAACUACUACGCCGCUCACAACAAAAGCAGUAGCAACAGCAAAAGCAACAGCGGCAACAAGGGGCAACAGACCCCAGAUGAAAGCGCCAUUAUCCGGGUCUACGACCAGGUCGUUUCGCCAGCAGCCAAGGCCGGACAAUGGUCGCUCACCAUCUUGAAGUUUCUCCUAACGUUGUUGUGGUCCAAAUAUGUUGCCUUUUUCGUCGCCAUAACCGUGGUUACUGUCUCAGUGUCUCUGCUUCUCUCAGCUACGUUGGACGCCGUCAGCUCCUGGGUGAGCGCGGCUACCCUUAACUUCCGUUCCAUUUCCAAGUGUCUUUCAGUCGUUGCGUGGCUUCGUGGAUACUUUGUGUCUCCUGGAUCCUCGAGCAACAGUGACGUGACCGUCACCAUAGACGCUACGCUGCUCGCUUCGACCGCAGCGGCCUCCGUUGUCCCAGUCAUCCAAGCAAUCCAUGAUUCACAGAUGAAGCCGCCGUUCCACGGCGCAUCGGCGCUGCGUGGUGGGUUCGACAGCAUCCGGUUCGACGUAGAGAAGCUAUCUCAGCAAUCCGGGCACGGGACAACCGUUGGCUCACUUGUCAACACCAUCGCUGUCGGCCUCAAUGACAUGGAAGACGUCAUGUCAACGGUACGGGGACUAGUGACGUUGAAUCGAGACUGGCGUGUCACUAUGGCGAAGCACCUCACGUCUGAGGAGCGAGCCAUUAUCUCGCUUCGAGCUACGCUGCUCAACUAUCCCACUCCCGACGUCCAAGAACCGACCAAAGGAAUCAUGAUCUCGUUCCUUCGUUGUCGUCUCCUCCCCGAGACCUGGAGUAGGUGGUGGCUGCUUUGGCAACCACCGCAGCACCUGAACCGAGUGCGCCGACGGCUAAUCGCGUAUGGCGAGAUUCUGGCGAUGGCAAGAUCGCAUCGAGCCCCGGCAAUCGACCGAGCCGGCUCCUGGCCUAACAGUGAUGAGCUAAGGCGAGUCAACCAUCUCAUGCACAGGGUAGCUGAUGAGGCAUCGCGAGAACAUCGGCGUUUGCAGAAGCAGGGAGGUUGGUCAUGCCCCAUCUCAGCCAUUGUAAACUCUCAGGUGACUAAUGAAGGGAGAAAUAUAGUCCCCUUUGCUGUGAAGGUUAAAAAUGACGAUGAAGAUGUUGUUGCUGUGCCAGCGGACGGAGACGAUGCCGCGCUCGGUCAAUACUACUCCAACAUGGAGCUCUCUCAGAAUCUGGCGAAUUCAGGUGACCUACUGUCACAGCUGACAACGGAAAUGGGAGAGGCAACGAGAAGGCAGAUUGGCUUGGUCAAAGACGAGCUGUCUUGGCUGGAGGAGGAGGUUAACAGGGUACAGGAACUGCUAGAGCUCUUGGAUGACGGCCAAUUGGAGGUGAGGUUGGCUGAGCAGACCAUCUUGGAAGGGCUGGAGUACUGGGACGGUUUGAAGGCGUAUUUGUAUCGGGAGCCCGAGAAGGGGAGUGUCCGGUUCCAAGUAUACGCUAACAUGGAAGGCCGCAUCUUCAAGCAGAGCAGCUACCGAUAUGUUGCAGCUUUCUGUAAGAGCAGGACGAGGGAGGGCGAGCCCGUUGAAGACCCAAAGACCAAUAUUGAAGAGCCCGCUAGUAGCCAUGAAAUGAUCCCCAAAGCUAUUGCUGAGGAAGAUGUUUCUGGGAGCCGGAGAAGUCAACAGAUCGAGGCUUCUCCUGCUUCAGUUAUCAUCGAAGCCAAGGCCUAA